CCCGGUCAGCCUCCCCAGUCUUCCUCUACUCCUUUGGUCUACACCAACGGAUCUUACAGAUUACUGGGCUGAGAUGGAAACCAUACAGACUACCCCCAAGCAAGCAGGGGCUGGUUUGAAACAUGGGCAGUCUGACAACAGGGCCAAAGUGUCUCUGAAAGCACCAGCAAAGAAGAACAAAUGUGCACACAUGCCUCCCGGAGCCCAACAGGGAAGGGUCUGCUCCCUCUGGAGGAUGCUGACUGGAAACUCAAGGGAACCCAGCAAUAUGUCAUGCAUGGAAGUGUUUUUGGUCCUGGUCCUACUCCAAUACCUGUCUUACUGACCUUACAAAGAUGGGAGAGCAUCCUAAAUGGACUUCCUUCACCUGUCCAGCUUUACCCCAGAAAUGUCUGCAUCAUACUCCCAAUCUGAAUGGAGCUCUCCCACUCCCAAAGUCCCCCUCACUCAAACCCAGGGAGUUCCAGGGUCGCCUCUAAGAUCCAGAAAAGAAGACUUACACAGUACCCUUCACUUAUCCUGAUAAAAGAACUUCUGCAGCCCAAUAAUGAAGAGCAGCAACCCUCUCACUGACAGAGAGCCCCACUUGUCUCAUUUCCAAGCAGGUUCCAGUUUAGCUCUGCCCAUGAAUCAACCAGUGAGAUCCUGGCACUAGGACCCAGCAGGCAGGGAACACUGAGACUGCGCUCUACUGAGGUAGAUGCACCAUUUCACAACUUCAGCAAAAGCCAAGGCAGCCAACAAAGGCUCAGCCACCUCGGCUGUGCCUCUGCCGCUUGGGCAGCUCACCAGCCACUCCUCUGAAGCAGAUCAUGCCAUCCUUUCUUUUUUAAAAUCCACAUCAUCACUGGAUCAUAAUGGAAAUCAGUCUCCUCAAACCACCAUGCAAAGGCAAAGGCGUAUCCAUAGCAACCCCAAAAGGAAGGACACAGAGAUGCUCCAGUGGCUGCAGCAAAAAAAGGAUGUUCCGCCGCGACCGCUCCAUCCCACUUCGUAGCUCUGCCGCCGCCCUGUCUAACAACCUCAGUGUACUGCAGCUUCCAGCCCGUGAUCUCACGCAUUUUGGGGUGGUUCAUGGACCGAGCGCCCAGCUUCUCAGUGCUGCCCCUGAGGGUGUGCCCUUGGCCCAGCGCCAGCUCCACGUUAAAGAGGGCGCUGGAGUGAGUCCCCCACUUAUCACUCAGGUCCACUGGUGUGUCCUCCCCUUCAGAGUACUGCUGGUCCUCACCUCGCAUCGAGGGAUACAGAUGUACGAGUCUGAUGGCUCCGUCAUGGUUUAUUGGCAUGCCUUGGACUCGGGAGACGCUUCUUCAGUACAGGCUAUGUUUGCCCGAGGCAUUGCUGCCAGCGUCCACUUCAUCUGUGUGGGAACAUGGUCCGGUCGGGUACUGGUCUUCGAUAUCCCGGCUAAGGGUCCCAACAUUGUACUCAGUGAGGAGCUGGCUGGGCACCAGACACCAAUCACAGAUAUUGCCUCUGAGUGUGCCCAAGGACAGGAUGGCGUUGCUGACAUGGUGACUGCAGAUGACUCAGGUGUCCUGUGUGUCUGGAGGUCAGGACCUGAGUUCACCUUACUGACCCGAAUACCAGGAUUUGGGGUCCCAUGCCCAUCUGUGCAGCUGUGGCAGGGGAUCGUGGCAGCAGGGUAUGGAAAUGGGCAAGUGUGUCUGUAUGAUGCCAGCACAGGGGCCCUCCACAUCCAGAUCAAUGCCCAUGCCCGGACCAUCUCUGCCCUGGACCUCGCUCCAGAGGUGGGCAAGCUACUGUCUGCAGCUGAGGACACCUUUGUGCACAUCUGGAAGCUGAACAGAAACCCAGAGAGUGGCUCUAUUGAGGUGGAACACUGCCAUGGUGAAUGUAUUUCUGACACCCAGGUGUGUGGUGCUCGGUUCUGUGAUCCAUCGGGCAGCUCCUUUGCUGUGACAGGUUAUGACCUUGCUGAGAUCCUGAGAUUCGGCAGUGCCUGAGAGAGGAGCCGCCUUCCCUUCUCCCUUGGUAUUUAUAAAGUAUUCCCCUCAUCAA